AUGUCCACCAAAGUCCACCCCGUCGACACUAAUUUCACAGUGGAAUGGAAUGCAUCUAAAGACCAAGCGCUAUGGGAUAUCCUUUCUCGGCCAUCUAAAGGCGACAUAGACUGGAAAGCUCUGGCAGAGAACUUCGACGUCACAUUGCAGUUCCUUCUUCAACAGGCGGCAUGGCUUUAUGAUCGCCAGCUCUCGCAGGUUCGGGCUCAAAUGCGGAAGGUCGGCACUACGCAGUCGAACGCUCCUUCCCCAGCUCCAGGAUCUGUCUCUGGUAGUACGGCCCUGGGUGAACAGUCACAAAGAGAAACGCCAGUACCAGGUUCUCGGGCGCCAUCACGGCAAGUAUCUCAACAGAAAGAUCUUCCUCUACGAGCCCCUGAGAACCGACGUAUGAGCUUUACAUCAACUACGGCUACUAAUCAAACUCGUGGAUCUCGUGACCCUGCACGCAUCGGCACGCCGACAACUGAGGACAAAGAACCACGCUGGGAUUCUUUUGGUCGUCGGCCUUCGGCUGUGAAACGAGAACAGCCACCAAUAGCGUCUUUGCCCCGAUCUCCAACACUCGAGGAAGAGUCUCUAUCCUCAAGCUCGUCGGAAGAGUCAGCAUCCGACGACGAAGACACUAGGCGUGCGCCCCGGUUCAAACGGUUUGGCAAAUUUUCUACCCAUCGCUCCGGUCUCCGGAAUGAUGAGGAUGACGAAGAAGAUACCCCCGCGUUCCUCCCCCUAUCCCGAGAGCACGAGCAUACCCAUCGGGAGCGACCAGUCCAGGAACUCAGCGCUACCCUCCGUUCAGAUGCCGAGCGAGCAGCGGCACAACGGCGACGUCCCGAUCAGUGGUCUGGCCCCAGGGCAACAGUAGCUAUGGGGUCAUCCACCAGCUCCAUGAGCUCCGGUGGAGCCAGACGGACCAGCGAGGGGGCAUCGAUACUGAGCCCGCUGCGCACUGCCGAACGCCAAAAUUCGCGCAAGUCCACCGCGUCCGGUCGCGAAACUAGCGAUGGUACCCCUAGCAUGGGAAGCAGCUUCAGUGAUCUCGACGGUAUGUGUCCCAACCCCGAGGAUUCUGCAUUUCAACUGAUCGACUGGUCAGAUGCAAGCGUUACCCAGUCAGCCCUGGAGGAGGCCCUUCUAAGCAAUAUGCAGCAUGGUGGGAUGGCGAGUCGGAUGAGUACCAUCAGUCAAGCCUUGCGCAGCCGGUAUCUGCAGUGA